AUGGACGGAAUUAAAAAAUCCCAUCAACAAGUGGAUGGGCAGGGUUUAGAGAGCCAUUCAAUCGUUGGUGAAAGGGUGGAUCGGUCUCCAAUUCAAGAAUAUGAUGAUAGCAUGUACAAUGAUUCGUCUUCUACUAAGCGAAGAAGAGUGAAUCUCGCUUGUGUGCAGUGUAGAGAUAGGAAAGUUCGCUGUGAUGGAGCUCAACCAAGUUGUGGAAGAUGUAAUAGCCGUGGUACAAAUUGUACUUAUGCCAAGAAGUUCGCUCGUGCAAGGGUCAGUGCUGAGUAUGUUCGUGAACUAGAGGAGAAGCUUGGACUUGUGGGAGGUAGUGAUAGUAGAGACUGGUCGCAAGCUCCAACAUCUCCAGGCCCACGAACGGUCUCAACAAUUUCUCUAGAAGAGGCGACGUCUGGAGUUGGUUCAGCAAUUCCGUCUCAAUCAGAACAACAAGGACCAGGGGUUCAUUCUAUAAAUGAAGGGAUGUUUGGCGAGAACCAAUCCAACUCGUCUCAAUUACUACACCACAAUAGUUCGUUCGCCGUCAUUCCGAGAACUUCUCAAGACUCAAACAUGCACUCACUCGGCUCAAAUCAGUUGAAUGCGAAUAGCAUAUCGCCAUCAACGACAUAUUCGAUAAAUUCCAUAGAUAUCAGUCCUAAUGGGACUGCAGAUUCGAACCAACCUGGUACUCUAUCCAAUUCUCUGAAAACAUCUACUGAUGCAGGUACCAGUUUAUCAGCCAGCAUAUCAUCUCGUCCCAAAACCGUUUCAUCAUCAUCAGCAUUUGGAGACCCUGAGGAUCCAACAACAGCUGCAGAUGCUAUGGGUGCGACAGCCAAGAAAACCAAUGCUCGUAGACAAGAUUUCUAUGGAUCUUCGUCAGCAAUGUCAUUUAUGAAACUUGUCGAGGCAGCUGUUAAUGCUGGUAAGGGGAAUUCGAACAUGCGAGCCAAUGAAUCGGAGGGAUCUAAAAAUUUCGCUCCUCACAAGUACAAGAUGGCAUACUCAUGUGCCCCUUCAUACUUGACAGGAGGGUCUGCUAAAGAAGAGGAUUGGGUGGUACCCCCUCGACGGUUGGCGGACCAUUAUGUUCAAUCAUAUUUCACAUACGUCUAUUCAUUGUAUCCAUUUAUUCAUCAGACGUCGUUUAUGACAGCUUAUAAUUCGGUUUGGGUGAGCGACUCUGAGCAAACAGAUACUAAUAAUGGAAAUGGAAAUGGGACUGGCACUAGCAGAAGCGAUGCUUUUGCCAAAGGUUCCUAUGGUAAUAACAGAAUAAAUGAUGGCUUCGACGAUAGCAGUGAUGAUGAGUUGAAUGAUGGCCAUAUGUUCUAUUGCAUUAUGAAUAUGGUGUUUGCAUUUGGUUGUUUGUUUUCCUCGGGCGUUGAAAGUAUAUCUAGAGAGAGUUCUUCUCAGGUCUAUUUUGACCGUGCCAGGGAGCAUUUGAAUUUUGAUGUACUAGCGACUGGAGACUCUGGGUCACUUAUUCUUCUUCAGGCUCUCCUACUAAUUGGCCAAUAUCUUCAAGCAACUCAACGUCCAGCUGCCUGUUGGAAUGUGGUUGGUCUCGCUAUCAGAGUAGCACAGGAACUAGGCCUGCACCAAGAACAUCAUAUUGCUUCUCGGCCCAGUGUGAUUGAACAGGAGUUAUGUCGAAGAUUGUGGUACGGUUGCACAUUAAUGGAUCGUAUAGUGUCAAUGACAUUUGGAAGACCACUGAUGGUUACUCAGGAUUUCAAAGUCAACCCACCUGCAUUUCUCGAUGAUAGCUAUAUCACCGACUCUGGAACGAUCACUCCACCAAAAUCUAGUCCUCCUUCAAUUCUUGGAUUUUAUCAACAAACUAUUUUGCUGUACGAUAUUCUGGCAGAUAUUUUACAAAAUGUAUACGAUACACAUGACUCGACUGCUGUCGACGACGAUGAGCAGCGCCUACUUGUUCUUACAAAUAUUCUCAAGACUGACUGCCGCCUUAACAAGUUUAAAAAGAAUAUUCCUCCUCAUCUCCAAGUCGAAAAAAUUUUGCAGCAUCCACCAUCAAAUCCUUUUGCCCGUCAAACAAAUGUUUUGCAGGCAAGAAUUUUACAUCUAGAGAUAAUGUUGUACAGACCCAUCGUACUCUCUAAUUCGACCCUGAAAGGUAAGCAGUCACCCUUGAAUAAUGAUAGUAGCCUGCAAUUGUCGCUGGAGAACACGAUUUGUAGACUUUGUGUGAUGUCCGCGAUAAACCUCAUCAAAUUGAUAUUUGAUAACAAAGACAGCCCCAACGUCCCUGCGAUAUGGUAUAAUAUCUUUUACAUUUAUACCUCAGCAUCUGUCCUCAUGGCAGCCAAGCUUCGACCAUCGCUGAAGAGCGAGCUUGAUAGCGAAUCAAUGGAAGCAGCUUGGAAAAUGGCCUUACACUUGCUUCGCAUCUUUGAACAAACUGGUCCAUCUGCUACACGCUGCCUUCGAAUCCUGGAAGUUCUGCACGAUAAAAUAUCUUCAGCAAGCCAUCACCAAUCCAAGCCUAUGUUUGAUUUUCUCCCCAACUUGGUCGAUUCUGAAAUUGAUUUCGGACCCGAUUCCGAUCUUUUGUAUAGUAUGAUGAAUGAUGCGUAUGGCCCAUUCUCGAGCAAUACCAUAGAUUUCCACUACUUGGAUAAUCUUCCUGGUUUAUAA